UCCGUUGAGCGUUCCGACUUGGUGAUGAUGAUAUCUGUAUCUGUGAUUCGGCUCCGGCUUUUUAUUGGGACUCUUAACAUACAAUUUACGUCGUGUAGGCUGUGGAUUUUGCAAAACCAGCUCAUUUUUGGCUACAGGAAUAUGUUUUGGUAGUCCGAUUACACCUAAAUAAAAUACUUAUUGAAGAUUUUUCGUUAUUUUCUAAAAACUUGAGUUUAGACAGGAAUAAUCUUUUAAGAAAGAAAAAAUUCCAAGUCCUAAUGGUUUAAAAUGAUGUAUUGCACAGAUUACUGUAACCAAAAAUGUAAGAAGAAAUCUGAUUUUGUGCUGUAAAAGACGCUUUAACCUAAUUACUCAUGCUGUAAUAAUCUGCAUUAACCAUAAUUCGAUUUGCAUGACACAUCGUAAUAACUAAUUUAUCCCAGCAGAGGAAUUGGUCAGAAUAAUGAAGCGGCUUUUGCAAAUUUUAGUAGUGGAAAUUAUAGUUCUGUCUUGCCCUUUACCGACUCUGCAAAGGCAAUUUCCCAUUGUGAAAAACAAUGGAUGUGCUGCUAUUAAAAAUUCUGUUCACCCACCCAUUUUUGAUGGUAACGUUUGGAUAAUAACCCGCUGGUUGAAAUAUCAGAAUACAAAACCUUUCAAAUGUUUUCUGGAACAUUAUUCACCGGAAAUGCCUCUGGCGACUCGACAAAGUGUUUUUCUGGCUACCGACAAUAAAAAUUAUGCAGUUCAUUUAACUUGCUUAGGCGGAGAUUCGUCUGAAGAAAGUGACGGAAUGGCCAAUUAUUUGGUACAGACCUACACCACUGAGAAAAGGCCAUCAGUUAGAAUUAUGAAGAACAUUUUGCAGGCGCAUAAAAGACACGGCUUGGAUAUGAAGUUUUUAAAAUAUUGCGUGUAAAUAUACUAGAAAAAAGUACUUAAAA